AUGACUGGAGCCGAGGCAACAGGCUCAGGUAACCUUGUCAUGGGUCAAUGUGUGAUUGUUGGUAAAUCUACAUGUGUAUUGUAUGACUCUGAAACGACACACUCUUUUGUGUCUGAAACUUGUGUGCAAAGGUUGGGUCUGCCGGUUUGUGAACUGCAAUGUGACCUUGUGGUAUCUACUCUGGCAUCGGGAUUGGUCAGGACAUUGUCCUUGUGUGCUAGGUGUCUAGUGGAGGUAGAAGGACGCAGGUACAAAGUGAAUCUGAUCUGCCUACCUCUACAGGAGUUGGAAGUGAUCCUAGGGAUGGAUUGGCUCUCUACCAAUCAUAUCCUUAUAGACUGCCGAGAGAAGAGGUUAUUAUUCCCCAACUCAGAGGAGCCUGAGUUGUUAUCGCCUCACGGGGUUACGAAAGAACUACAGGACGGUUCUCAUUGUUUCUUGAUCUUUACAUACCUAGAGGUGGAGGGAGAGGAGAUGAAGUCUGUCAUACCGGUGGUACAAGAAUUUGGAGACGUGUUCCUAGAGGAAGUACCAGGAUUACCCCCUAGUAGAGAAGUGGAAUUCUCGAUUGAUUUGGUACCUGGAGCCGGGCCAGUAUCGAUUGCUCUGUAUCGUAUGGCUCAGGCAGAAGAAGAUGAAGUUGUCUCGCUGAUGGUUGACAAUGGAAGAAGAUGGCGUCGCGAUGAUGGUAGUCAGAUUUCCGGCGAGUUGCGCUGCUACGGUGGCUGUGGAAAUGGUGGAUUCGAAACUGGUUCGCUACUGCGUCGCAAUGGAUGA